AAUCCUCAAGCCCCUCCCCAGUCUGCCUCAAGUGGGAUAAAACCUGCAGGUGUCAGACCAUCUACAAUCUCACCAUAUCUUCAGUUCCUCAGCCUGAUUUACAUUGCUAUGGCCACAGACUUUGAAAAAAAGAAAAAGCAGCAGCAAGUGGUCCAAUAUGACAUCUCCAUGUACAAAAGAGGAGAUCUGCUAGAGGUCCCUCGCACUUUCUUUACACAUUUCGGAAUUUAUCUGGGGAACAACUGUGUGGCUCACCUCAUUCCUGAUAUCAUGCCAGUCUUGACCACUGAGAAGAACGCCCUUGAGAAAAUGGUGAAUAACAACAGGCUGAUGUUGGGUGUGAUAGCAAAAAAAGCAGGUGUCCGUGUGGACUUAGUGGAGGACUUUGCGUAUGGAGCAGAAAUUCUGGUCAACCACAUGGACAAGGUGUGCAUUAGGUCUCCAUUUGAGGGUGAGGAGGUCGUUAAGAGAGCCGAGAAGCUCUUGUCUGUGGUUUACAGUCUGCUGUGGUACAACUGCGAGCAUUACGUCAUGUACUGCAGAUAUGGCACAAGCAUGAGCAUUCAGACCUACCAGGUGAGAUUUUUCAGGAGAGAAAAAGGGAGCAAAAUCAGCAGUCUGUGAUAUUCUAUCAGUCAGUAAAUGUAUAAAUCAAAGAGGUUAAUUUGCGUCAUAAAUUGUAUCAGAUAUUAUUGAAAUAAUUCAUCUAAGCUCUGUGGUAUUUGUAAAUCUUUACAUUUUAUCAACAAUUUCAGUACCAAGAACUUCAGUAUUCAGUACCAGAUUUGACUUUCUUAUAGGUUGGGUUGCUAAAUAAACAUGUAUUUUCUAAUGUUAGACCAUGUCAACAUGAAUUUAUGUAAUAAAAGUAAUCCAAAGUAAGUAAGGAGUCUGAAAAUUCAUUAAGCAUAUAGUUCUUUGCCCCAUUUGCUACUUUUGUAUUGCUACUUUCAAUCAUUUCAUGUGUGAUGUGACUGAGGAUACUUUUUCAGCCACAUUGCAUCGACUAUUUACCUGAAACUCUUGGAAUUAGGAUGAAAAUACAUUAAUUUGCAUUGUAAUGUUGACCAGCUGGUGAACUAGGUUAAGAAUGUGGCAACAGCACUAAUUCCAUUUAAAAAUUAGAUUACAUGGAAAAAUCAGGUUGAGAAAUUUACAGCAAUUGAGAAAUACACCUCUUUUGUAAGGUUGGUGAAUGACUGGUGAAAGUGCAGGGCUGAAGUAAAUGUGAAUUGGAAUAAAUUAGUCAAAUACAUCUGUUUACAUAGUAUAUAU